GGGGGAAAUGUCAGUUUAAGAAGAGUGGUUUCACUUUUCUCUCAUCAUAUCACUGUAGCUCAGCGCAUCGACUCUAUUUGGAAACAUGACAUUUGUGAACACUCUCAAACAGUGGGAUGAGGCAGUGGCCUGUUUCGAACGCGGGGAUUCCGCAGCUGCCCUUGGAACAUUUCUGGACAUCCAGGAAAAGAACUCCAAAAUAUUUUUCAACAUUGGCUGCCUACAUUUGAUCAAUAAGAACCUAGAUGCAGCUGAAAAGGCUUUGGACAGCUGUAUCGGAAAGGAUGAACACUUGGCUGUUGCAUUCUUUCAAAGGGGGCUGACAUUCUACAAAAAAGAAAGGUUUGAGGAGUCUUUUGCUGAUUUCCAACAUGCCUUCAAGGAGUUGAGGGGGAACCAGCUGAUUGACUACAAACCUCUUGGUCUGAGAUACAAAUUAUAUGCUUGUGAGGUACUGCACAACAUGGCGCUGGCCCAUGCCCAGCUGGGUCAGUGGGAGAAAGCCAAGGAGAACCUCCUGACUGCUCUGAAUCUCAGGACUGAGGCCAAACUCAGCCACAUCGACAGAGGUCUGGAGUGCAUCCUGAAGCAGAAGCUGUUUGAGCCAGUUAAGGUCCCGGCAAAAGUGCUGUUCAAGCCAAACAAGAACUACGUGGCUGAACUGGAGAAGAAGGACUACCUGGGCAAGGCCAAGGUUGUUUCUUCCAUCAUCUUCCAGGAUGAGUUCUCUGGCUUUGCUCCGUUACAGCCACAGGUUGAAGAUGUUCCUACCAGACCAAAAGCGCCUGAAGUUAUGAGGGCUCUGGAGGGAGAGCCUCACACUGUCCUCUUUGAGUUUGUCCCUGAGACAAGUGAUGAGUUAGCUGUGGUGCCUGGCAACAUUGUCUUUGUGCUGAACAAAGGAUCUGACAACUGGGCCUCUGUCAUCUUCAAUGAGCGAAGGGGGCUUGUUCCUUAUAAUUUCCUGGAGCGUUUGGAAAUAACCUUAUCAUCUAAGCAAGAUCAGGAUGGGACAGACAAGGAUGACAUCCCAGCGCCACCUAGACGAGAACCACCGAAUAGACCUCAGAGAAAUUCUGCAGCUUCUGCUACUGAAAAUCAGAGCAUUGGGGACACAAAAACAGAGUCUUGCCAGAGUGAAGAGUUUAGUGACCAUUCACUUUGUGUAGUGAAAGUGCACUUCACAUACACCAUAGCAAUCUGCAUGGUGCCUGGACUUCCCUACACAACAACUCUGGAGAAAAUCAGUAACAAACUGGGCCUCCCUGCCACAGCAAUCACCUUGAGCUAUGCCCAAAUAGAUUCUGGUAAAAAAGUGAUUGAUGAGAACACAAGGAUGGAAGAUGUUUGGAGCUGUGUCCACAAUGGUCGUUUAACACUGUGGUGUGAUCUCAAAGAGGGAAUGAGUGAGCAGCUACAAAGCCAGACUCACCUGAUGGCGCUUCAUUCCUAUGAGUCUUCAACUCCAGAGGAUCUUGAGUUCCAUCAAGGAGAUACCAUCUUACUUCUCUCCAAAGUCAAUGAAGACUGGUUUGAAGGACAGUGCAAUGGAAAGAGUGGCAUAUUUCCGGCAUCCUUUGUGGAAGAAGUUCCUAUGAAAGAUAAAUAAUGUAAAAGGAAUGUCAUAAUAUCAGGAUAAGGAACAAUGACUUCAUAGAGAUUGUGGGAUUUGUUAUUUCUACUUUGAGCAUGAGGUCCGGGAUUCUAUCCGAUCACGCUUUGGCAGCUAUGCACCUUUUAAAGGCAAUGUUCACACAAUCGUGGAAACAACAUUCAUGGUCCACACUGCAUAUGUCGGCUGACUCAGCUCAAUAUGGGAUCGAAUCCUGGCCUUUGUCUUCUAAUCUGGAAACCACCAAACAAACAUCAAAGAAAAACAGUCAGAUUUCAAUAUUUAUGUUGAGGGAAGGCAUUUAGGUCUGAAACGUCAUUACCUAAGCAAGGACUUUUCUUCAAUGGGCUGAUAUUUACCAUGUCAUGUUAUUGUUAAAGUAUGUUAUAAGUUUUAAUAACCUUUUUGGCGGCACAAAUCAAGCAUGCCCAGGUUUUCUACGUAUUUUAAUAGAAAUGCAUUUUUUAGUUUUACAUUCUUUUUACAGUUGAGUUCAGAAGUUUACAUACACUUAGGUUGGAGUCAUUAAAACUUGUUUUUCAACCACUCCACAAAUUUCUUGUUAACAAACUAUAGUUUUGGCAAGUCGGUUAGGACAUCUACUUUGUAUGACACAAGUCCGUUUUUCCAACAAUUGUUUACAGACAGAUUAUUUCAUUUAUAAUUCACUGUAUCACAAUUCCAGUGGGUCAGAAGUUUACAUACACGAAGUUGACUCUGACUUUAAACAGCUUGGAAAAUUCCAGAAAAUAUCAAGGCUUUAAAAGCUUCUGAUAGGCUAAUUGACAUAAUUUCAGUCAAUUGGAUGCAUAUCUCUGGAGGCGUACCUUCAAGGCCUACCUUCAAACUCAGUGCCUCUUUGCUUGACAUCAUGGGAAAAUCAAAAGAAAUCAGCCAAGACCGCAGAAAAAAAAUUGUAGACCUCCACAAGUCUGGUUCAUCGUUGGGAGAAAUUUCCAAACGCCUGAAGGUACCACGUUUAGCUGUACAAACAAUAGUACGCAAGUAUAAACACAAUGGGAUCAUGCAGCCGAAAUACCGCUCAGGAAGGAGAUGCGUUCUGUCUCCUAGAGAUGAACGUACUUUGGUUCCAAAAGUGAAAAUCAAUCCCAGAACAACAGCAAAGGACCUUGUGAAGAUGCUGGAGGAAACAGGUACAAAAGUAUUUAUAUCCACAGUAAAACGAGUCCUAUAUCGACAUAACCUGAAAGGCCUCCCAGCAAGGAAGAAGCCACUGCUCCAAAACCGCCAUAAAAAAAAGCAAGACUAUGGUUUGCAACUGCACAUGGGGACAAAGAUCAUACUUUUUGGAGAAUUGUCCUCUGGUCUGAUGAAAAAAAAAUAGAACUGUUUAGCCAUAAUGACCAUCGUUAUGUUUGGAGGAAAAAGGGGAACGCUUGCAAUCCGAAGAACACCAUCCCAAUCACGAAGCACGAGGGUGGCAGCAUCAUGUUGUGUGGGUGCUUUUCUGCAGGAUGGACUGGUGCACUUCACAAAAUAGAUGGCAUCAUGAGGUAGGAAAAUUAUAUUGAAGAAACAUCUCAAGACAUCAGUCAGAAAGUUAAAGCUUGGUCGCAAAUGGGUCUUCCAAAUGGACAAUGACCCCAAGCAUACUUCCAAAGUUGUGGCAAAAUGGCUUAAGGACAACAAAGUCAAGGUAUUGGAGUGGCCAUCACAAAGCCCUGACUUCAAUCCUAUAGAAAAUUUGUGGGCAGAACUGAAAAAGCGUGUGCGAGCAAGGAGGCCUAUAAACCUGAGUGUUACACCAGCUCUGUCAGGAGGAAUGGGCCAAAAUUCACCCAACUUAUUGAGGGAAGCUUGUGGAAGGCUACCCGAAAUGUUUGACCCAAGUUAAACAAUUUAAGGGCAAUGCUACCAAAUACUAAUUGAGUGUAUGUAAACUUCUGACCCACUGGGAAUGUGAUGAAAUAAAUAAAAGCUGAAAUAAAUCAUUCUCUCGACCAUUAUUCUGACAUUUCACAUUCUUAAAAUAAAGUGGUGAUCCUAACUGACCUAAAAUGGGGAUUUUUUUACUAGGAUUAAAUGUCAGGAAUUGUGAAAAACUGAGUUUGAAUGUAUUUGGCUAAGGUGUAUGUAAACUUCCGACUUCAACUGUAUGUGCUUGUAUGUAUCUGACACCACAAAUUGUUCCUGAGGGAACCAUCUGCUAUACCUAAGUUGUUUUUAUGUCAUUGUUAAACAAAUUAAACAUUGGGUAUAGCAUGGACACAGACUAUUCUGAGUUGCAGUUUCAGGACCUUUUGGUAUGUGUGUGUGUAUGAAAAUAGCUUUCAUAGCACAUUUGAUAUCUGCAAAUAUGACUGAUCCAGCAGCCUAUAUUAAAGAUUUUGAAUGACAAAAUCAUACAUAA